AUGCGUCCGCCGCAAGAAAUAAGCAUAAUGGCGCUUCUUCGUGGCUCUGCUUUUCUUCUUUUUGUGACUCUGAUGGUCACUCAGGGUCGCGAGUCACUUGCCGGGCGUCACCUCCUCGUCCAGGAAGGCGUCAACGGAAUCACCGAGGGGGCCCGGGGAUCACCUACCGGGCGCCACCUCCUUGCUCAAGGCGGCUCAGCAGUGGUGAACGGAAUCACCGAGUGGACCCAGGACGGCCAGUCGCAGUUCGGCUUUAACACUCCGGAUGGCCACAUCUGUCAGACGGACGGGAGCCUCAAGUGGGCCUGCAAGCAGAACGGGGCCGUUGUGACUACGAUUGCCGUAAACGUCCUCCCCAUUGGACGCCUCAUCUGCUUCCCGUUCGUUACGCCCGUCGUCACCACACCGGUAUCGACCCAGACAGCCAAUCCGGCUCCAACGAUGCUGACCCCGACAACCGUCCCGGCGUCCACAUCUUCCACCGGGUCUCUAGUGCCCGGGAUUGCAAUCACCAGCCCCGGAGGCCUUUCCAUCACACCGGGCGGCGUCACAGUCAGCAACCCGGGCGCACCCGGGGUGUCCGUGUUGACUCCCUGA